UUUGAUGAUAAGGAUAAUUAUAUGAUGGUUAGUUCAAUAAUAUCUUUGAUAAUAAGGACUCUGAAGAUGUUUAUAUAUCUCUGUUACUAUUUCUUGGUCAAUGACGACAAUUGUACGAGGGCAAAACAUCAAACCUAUUUCAUAGAAAUCUUUAUGUGAGACAGCUGCGAGCCGUGUCCAGAUUCCAGAGCAAUGGCAAAGCAGCUGCUUGUGAGAUUUUUCUUGGUAAGUGUGCUUGUGUUGGGGAUUUCUGGUGCAAGAGGAGAACAGUAUAUCUCUGCCGUUGGGGACCCGGGAAUGAAAAGAGAUGGAUUGAGAGUGGGGUUUGAGGCUUGGAACUUCUGCAAUGAAGUUGGAGUAGAAGCUCCUGGAAUGGGAAGCCCAAGAGCUGCUGAUUGCUUUGAUUUCCAACACAGUACAAAUCAAGCAGCCAAAAACAAAUCUUUUCUGGAACACAAGGUAACAGAAGCUGAUAACAAACUUGGGGUGGGGAAACCAUUCACUGGAUUGAACCCAAAUGACACUAACAAUGCAGACCAUUAUGCAGUACAGAAGGAGCUGUAUCUGGGUUCUUUGUGUGAAGUUGAAGACACACCAAAUCAAUGGCAAUUUUGGAUGGUUAUGCUAAAAAAUGGGAACUAUGACACUAGGUCUGGGUUGUGUCCUGAAAAUGGUAAAAAGGCACCACCUUUUAAUCCAGGUAGAUUUCCCUGCUUUGGAGAGGGGUGUAUGAAUCAACCCAUUUUGUUUCAUCAUCAGACGAAGCUCUUCGAUGAUGGUACAAUGAGGGGAGGAUUCAAUGGCACAUAUAAUUUGGGUGCUGAUAUAGAGAAUGGACUUGAUGGGAUCUCCUUUUAUGAGGUGAUUUGGGAGAAGAAAGUUGGUGUUGGGAGUUGGGUUUUCAAUCAUAAGCUCAAGACUUCAAAGAAAUACCCAUGGUUGAUGCUCUAUCUUAGAGCUGAUGCCACCAAUGGAUUCUCUGGAGGAUAUCACUAUGACACAAGAGGCAUGCUCAAAAUUCUUCCAGAAUCACCUAAUUUCAAGGUCCGAUUGAGUUUGGAUGUCAAAAAAGGUGGAGGACCAAAGAGCCAGUUCUAUAUGAUAGACAUUGGCAGCUGCUGGAAAAACAAUGGUGCUUCAUGUGAUGGAGAUGUGCUAACCGAUGUAACCAGAUAUAGCGAGAUGAUUAUCAAUCCUGAAACUCCAGCUUGGUGCAACUCCGCAAGCAUUGGCAACUGCCCACCAUAUCACAUUACUCCAAACAACACAAAGAUUUAUAGGAAUGAUACUGCCAACUUCCCAUAUGGUGCAUAUCACUAUUAUUGCGCUCCAGGGAAUGCUCAACAUCUGGAAAAACCUGUCAGCACUUGUGAUCCUUACAGCAAUCCUCAGGCACAAGAGCUAGUUCAGUUGCUGCCUCAUCCAAUAUGGGCCGAGUAUGGCUAUCCAACCAAACAAGGGGAUGGUUGGGUAGGGGAUGGAAGAACCUGGGAGCUUGAUGUUGGUGGGCUAUCUAGUAGACUCUACUUCUAUCAGGAUCCUGGCACUGCUCCUGCAAGAAGAAUAUGGACAUCCAUUGAUACGGGUACUGAAAUUUUUGUCAGUGACAUUGAUGAAGUAGCAGAGUGGACCUUAAGCGACUUUGAUGUUCUUCUGACAUAAUUCAUUGAUCAAUAUUUCAUUUUUUCAAGCUUUUCAUUCA